AUGAAACAACAACAACAUAGUAUCCUAUGUAAAACCACAGUACACGAAAGUGUUACAAAGAAAUACAUAAAACCAAAGAGAAACAUCAAUGCAAAGAACAACACAAACAACAGGUAUUCUAUUCAAACCGAGUUACCGAAAGUGAUUCGCGUAAUGGUUACUGAUCCAGAUGCUACUGAUACAGAUUCAUCAAGUGAUGAAUUAUCACAGUCUAUAAUCCCUCGCCGGAGAAUCAAACAGUACGUCAACAAAAUCGAAAUCGAGACGGUAGCUUCAACGGUUUCGGUUUCCCGUAAUAAGAAACGGUCAGCCAGAGAAAUGAAAUCUUCCCGGAGACCGGCAAAUGUUGCAGCACUCCCCGGAGACGAGAGAAAAUUCCGCGGUGUAAGGAUGAGACCGUGGGGAAAAUGGGCGGCGGAGAUUAGAGAUCCGGAAAACCGUGUACGGUUGUGGCUGGGAACUUUCAGCACCGCAGAAGAAGCUGCUAAGGUUUACGACGCUGCAGCUAUUAAGUUUCGUGGUAAAUACGCUGUCACUAACUUUUCCACAUCGCCACCAGUGGUUGAAAAUGUAGAAAAAGCUGAAGGUGUAAACAGAACGAAGAAAAUGAAGGUUGACGAAAUCAAAACUGAAAUAUCCGUUUCCGGCGAAGAUUCCGGCGACGAGUUUGUUAAUCUAUCUUCUCCAACUUCCGUUCUCCGGUUCAGACCUGUUGAAAUCAAUGAAUCAAAUAAACAGGCUGAACCAGUUUUUGAAGGUGAGCCAGUUGAACCGGUCGAACCAGUUAUUGAAGAUGUACCCGUUGAGCCCACCGAACCGGUUGGUGAAUGUGAACCCGUUGAGCCCACCGAACCGGUUGGUGAAUGUGAAACGAGUUUUUUCGACGAAACUAAUGAGAUUUUCCGGCAGGAAACGGAGGACGUGUUCAAUUUUCCAACAACUUGUGAUUAUUAUUACUCCAACAUGUUUGAUGAAGCUCCUAUGCAAUUUGUUCACGAAACGACACCGGUUCUUUUGAAUCAGUGUCGUUUCAGUGAUCACGUGGAAAUUGAUAAAACGCACUCACCAUCACCACCAUCACUAUCAUCAUCAGCAGCUUUAUGUGAAGGGGAUGAUUUUCUUGAUGACAUUUUGUUAGAUUUAGAGCCUCUCAUUGCGCUUUGA